GUCACUGGUCGUGUUUGACUUUCUCAGUGUUGAGAGCUCGAGCUUGUCAUUGGUGAGCGGUCCCGCUGUCGUUCGCCUCCUCCUCCUUUUUUUUUAUAGUUUCACCUGCUUUUCACCGACUUCCUUUUGAAGAAGACACUCCAAAGAGGAGAGGAGAAAGAGAGACAAAAAGAAAGAAAGAAAGAAAGAAAGAAAGAUAAAAACCAUGUGUUGUACUGGGAAGUGUUCCCGCCUGAUAGGCCUGAUCCUCCUGCCUUCAGCCUUCAUCUGCAUGAUCGCCAACCUGCUGCUGUUCUUCCCCGAUGGGAACAGUCUGGAUAAUGACCAAAUCACCCUCCAGGCUUGGCUCAUGGGGGGGAUCAUCGGAGGAGGCCUCUUUAUGCUGUGCCCGAGCUGCUCAGCUAUCAGGGCCGGGGGCAAGGGUUGCUGUGGAACAGGUUGCUGUGGGAACCGUUGCAGGAUGCUGAACUCGGUGUUCUCCUCUGCUUUCGGCCUGGUUGGAGCGAUUUACUGCACCAGCGUUGCCUCGGCUGGUAUGGCUAUUGGACCAAAGUGUGAAGUGGCAAGUGGCAAAUGGGAAUACCCCUUUGAAAACCUCGGCACGGGUAACACCAGCUACCUCUUGGACCAGGAUAUCUGGUCAGAUUGCGUGUUCCCUAAGAAUGCAGUAAUGUGGCACGUUGUUCUGUUCUCCAUACUGCUGGCCAUGGGUGUGAUACAGACGGUGCUCUGUGGCAUCCAGGUGGUCAACGGCUGCUUGGGAUGCCUCUGUGGGGACUGUCGGGACAGCGAUGAUGAGGAUGGUGGAUUGUGAAAAUGGAGAAGAUCACCCGGCUGCACUUUCACGAGGGCCGAGACGCAUUUCUGCACUUCAUCCGUUCCACAAUUUUCACAUUCAGGGAAACUUCUCUAUGAAACUUUCUGAUGCUUUCGUUUCACAUCAAUUGUAGAGAGAAGUCUUACUUACUUUACUCCUUACUCCAUUAGUGUAUAUGAUUUACUGUGGCUGAAAGUUUGUGUGUAUUGCCUGAUUUUAUUUGUUUUGGUUGAAUUUGUU